CGCCACGACAACCUGACGACAGAAAGAUUUUAAAAUUGCUAGACCGUCCGAGGGAAAUGGUGGACAGUCAAGUGCGGAGCUACCGUGUUUUCGUGGUUGUGGUAGCAACAGUUGCGGAGACGCUGUCUUCUUAAGGCGUGGGACGAAUGAGAGCACGACCAUUCUAAUGACUAUCUACGCAAUAAACUCGUACGGCUUUUUUGUAGCCCGGCUCUGCGCAAGCCCGAACUCCGUGGGGUCAAAAGUUGGGUUCAGGGUCCUCGGCUCCCGGUCAGGCGGUACCACAGUGGUGGUACGCGUACCUACUACUACAGAGAGAAAGGUUUUGUUGCUUUCAUCUAUUGUCACUGCUCAAACAGCUCAGCAUCUUUCGCAUGACCAACGAUUCUUACUCUUAGACAAUCGCAGUAGUCAGCAAUGGCUGAGGUCAGUCAGGAUUUUCACCGGUCAAGCGGACUACACAGCGCUGGACUCGUACCACUUUACAGGCAGCGGCAUUUCGCCAUCCGGUGUUGAUCCAACCCCAUCCUCUCUGGGCGUUGGCGCGGCUCCGCCACGCAGCCCCAUGCGCGGAGAACCACGCAACUCUCCGCUGGCGCGGAAGUCUCUCCGCCAGCUGGAUGCUUCUUAGUCACUAGUACCACCACAAAAUUGCCUGUGCUUUGCUCUGAUAACCCAAGCUUAUCAACCUCACCUGUUUCUGGCCUCAGUCGACAUUGGAAACUCAUCUUAAACAUGCCAUGGCAUUCCAUUAUUUCCACGGAAUUUGCCGUAGUCGCUAGCCACUUGUACUCCAUUACGCCUUAGGGCCUACCAGUAUUUAUGAUAUAAAAAUAUGAUCACCAUCUCCAAUUUGCAACAGCGUUGCCGCCAUAGCUUUUUGAGAAAAACCUGGGGCGCCC